AUGACAUUAGUUGAAGUCGAAGGAACGCACACAAUCCAGACAAAUUACACGUCGCUAGACAUUCAUGUUGGCCAAUCUUAUUCAGUUCUAGUAACUGCCGAUCAACUUCCACAAGACUAUUUUAUGGAUGUGACUACACGAUUUUCAACCAUCCGCCUCGAAGCCACGGCGCUUUUUAGUUAUAGCAAUUCUAAAGGGGAAAUAGCUGGACCAGUUGAUGCCAAUGGUGGUCCUUCUAAUAAUGAUAUCGCGUUUUCCCUUAAACAAGCCCUCUCUAUCAGGACUAACUUGACUGCAAGUGGACCAAGGCCAAACCCACAAGGUUCAUACCACUACGGAUUGAUCAACAUAACCAGAAUUAUCAGACUUUCCAAUUCAGCAGCUCUAGUAGAUAAUAAACAGAGGUAUGCAAUAAACAGUGUCUCCUUCGUCGCAGCUGAUACUCCUCCCAAAAUUGCGGACCACUUCAAGAUUCCAGGUGUUUUCCUUCUUGGUAGCAUCCUAGACAGCCCUCCUGGUAUAGCAAUGUACCUUGACACAUCUGUAAUGGCUGCCGACUUUAGAGACUUCGUUGAAAUCAUAUUCGAAAACAAUGAAAACACUGUGCAAAGUUAUCACAUUGAUGGAUAUUCAUUCUUCGUAGUCGGGUAA